UUAAGCUUUAGCGCGCUGUAAAUAAACAGCCAAAAGUAGUGAAUGCCACUGAACAGCUUCAAGAAAAGAAUUCACUGCAAUGGACAUGCCUCGACAAUGCCCCACUUCACAAUGCCUCCCUUCGAACUGGAACCUACUGAGAGAGAACUGGUGACUGGUGCCACGGAGAUUACCUGCGGCGUCGGCGGCGUCCAGAACAACGAUACUAAUAUGUUGGCCGCUCAGAGUCGGACCGUUGAAGCUACGGCAGAGACUCAGAAGGGAUCAGCCUUUAAUUUGAUGGAAGGAGUGGAAGAGAUAUUUCGCUGGAUCCUGAAGCCUUUCUUAUUUAUUCGAAACCGCUGCUCUUCCGCUACUUUUAUUAAAUCCAACAAGGAGGAAGAUGACGUGGACCAGAAACCUAGAGGACCCAUCGAAGGACCUGUAACUGGCGGACCAGUCAGAGACCCUAAGCCUAAGCCAAGGCCUAAGCCGAAACCUAAACCUUAUCCUUCGGUGUCCCGGGGGUGAAUGCUGUUGGGAUUUUGCUGGAAAGUUCUAGAAAGGGCAAUCCGGCAUCAUGCCGAGAGUUGAUGAGUAAGCUCGAGAGAAAGAGAAAGUUGUAGU